GGCGGAGGUCGCUCUGAGGGGACGAGGCCCGCCGGGGGCGGCCAUGUUGGGGGCCCGGGGCGGGUGGCGGGCCCUGCGCCGCUGCCCUUCCUCCAUCUUCUCCUCUUCCUCCUCCUCCUCGUCCUCCUCCUUGCCCAGGGAGCAGCGGGCACCGGCGGCGCGGCUGCGGGUCCGCCAGGCGCUGGGGGCCCGGGAAGCUGCGGGCGAGGUGCAGGUGCAGGGCUGGGUCCGCUCCGUCCGCUCCCAGAAGGAGGUUUUGUUCCUGCAUAUCAACGAUGGGAGCUCUCUGGAAAGCCUCCAGGUGGUUGCUGACCCCAGCAUGGAAAGCAGAGACCUCACUUUUGGAAGCGCGGUGGAAGUACGAGGGAAACUGGUCAAAAGCCCUCACAAGAUGCAAAACGUGGAGCUGAAAGCUGAAAGCAUUCGUGUGGUGGGACCUUGUGACGCUUUGUCGUUCCCCCUGAAGGCAAAGGAGAGGCACCCGCUGGAGUACCUCCGCCAGUUCCCUCACUUACGAUGCAGGAGUAACGCGCUCAGCGCCCUCUUGAGAAUCCGCAGCGAAGCCACCGCAGCGAUCCACUCCUUCUUCCAGGAUAAUGGCUACGUGCAUAUCCAUACCCCCAUAAUCACAUCGAAUGACUGCGAAGGUGCUGGGGAACUCUUUCAGAUUGAGACAUCAAAUGAGACACAGGAAUCUGCGGAAAAGAACCAUUUCUUCAACGUGCCUGCCUUCCUGACGGUUUCUGGCCAGCUCCAUUUGGAAGUGAUGGCAGGGGCCUUUACCCACGUGUUCACCUUUGGGCCGACGUUUCGAGCUGAAAACUCGCAGAGUCGCCGGCACCUGGCAGAGUUCUACAUGGUGGAGGCUGAGCUGUCCUUCACUGAGAGCCUCCAGGACAUCAUGCAGGUUAUGGAAGAUCUUUUCAAGACGGCAACAAGCGCCGUGUUCUCCAGAUGUCCUCGUGAUGUUGAGCUUUUUCAUAAAUACGUAGCUCCUGCCCAGAAGACCAAGGGCAGGUUGGAACAAAUGCUGAAGAACAAAUUUGUAACAAUUUCCUACAAUGAAGCAGUGGAAAUUUUGAAGCAAGCUUCUCAAACUUUCGCUUUUAAGCCAGAGUGGGGCUGUGACCUCCAAAGAGAACACGAGAAGUACCUGGUGCAGCACUGCGGUGAGGUGCCCGUGUUUGUCAUUAACUACCCAUACGAUCUCAAACCUUUCUACAUGCGGGACAACGAAGAUGGACCCCAGCGAACAGUUGCAGCUGUCGAUCUCCUCGUACCAGGAAUAGGGGAGUUGUGUGGAGGCAGCUUGAGAGAGGAGCGCCUGCCCUUCCUCGAAUCACGCCUGCAGAGAUUAGGACUUUCAGAUGCCUACCAAUGGCAGUUACUUUUUCUUUCAUCUGGGAAGAAUGGAAAAUUUCUCAAUUCCUUUGCUUCGUCUAAGCACAGUCAUCAGGAAGGAUUCACAGGCUUGAUCCUCAGCACGUUUAAUUCAAUGGACUUUUUCUAUUAACUUUAAUGGGUUUUGUUUCGGUCCUUUUGCCAAAAUGGCUUCUCAGAGUGCUUUGAGAUCUACAGAUGAAAGCCCUGGAUAAGGAAGGGUAGAAUUUAUUAUUAUUGUUCAUCUGGAAGAAGCUGAGUUACUUCAUCUCUUUAUGAUGACUUUGUAAACUCUCUUGCCAGCAAAAGGGAAGAAAAGGUGCUAGGCGUAGUCUCAACUCUCUUUGCACGGGCUGAGAUAUGCUCGUUGAUGUCAUCAGCAGUGUUUGUGCUGUUGCUUAAAUUGCUAGUUGCUGCUGGAGUUGUCACCAGCUGCUUUGCCAGGUCAGCUCAGAACUACGGAGCGGGGACAGAUUGAUGUGCCAUGGGCAGCACUCAAAUCCCUCACGUUUAGGAGGCCUUUCAUAUUUUACAAGUCACCACCCUCAGCAUCAGAUUUGCCCAUCAUCUUCCUUGCAAACCCUUGAAAAGUUGCAAAGCAGAGCUCCCUGGAGGCAGAUCCUGUUUUAUAAGUGGAAACCCAAAUUCUUAUGACUGCAGUCUGCAUGAAGUGGGUUAAGAUGGAGACCACCACGUGCAGACAGAAAGCUUGUGGUCCCCAGGGGCCAGACAACAAAUAUCCCUCUCUUGAGCCUGCUGUUCAGCUUGCAGUGCAGGCACAACUGUUGUGGGUCAGUGCUAGGAAGAGGUAAGAAGUUCUGCUUUUGGUUUUACUGCUUAGGCAGUGGAGCAGAGGAGGAAGAGCCC